AUGAGGGAUAAUGAAGAAAGUAAUAGCUUACUUUCUUCAGAGGAAAAUUCGGUGUUUGUUUUGAAGGCAGAAACUGCUCUCCAUUUGGCGUCUGCCAAUGGGAAUUCAGAAAUAGUAAAACUCCUGCUGGACAGAAGAUGUGCACUUCAUGCCUUUGACAGCAAAAAGAGGACAGCUCUAAUAAAGGUAUGCAGUAGCCAACUAUAUCGGCAUGAGGCCGUACAGUGCCAAGAAGAUGCAUGUGUGUUAAUGUUGCUAGAACAUGGCACUGAUCCAAACCUUCCGGAUGUGUAUGGCAAUACCGCGUUACACUAUGCUGUCUACAAUGAAGACAAAUUACUGGCCAAAGCACUGCUUUUAUACGGUGCUGAUAUUGAAGCCAAAAACAAGUGUGGCCUCACGCCACUUCUGCUUGGCAUACAUGGACAGAAACAGCAAAUGGUGAAAUUUUUAAUCAAGAAAAAAGCUAAUUUAAAUGCCCUUGAUAAAUUUGGAAGAACUGCUCUCAUACUUGCUGUAUGUUGUGGAUCAGCAAGUAUAGUUAGCCUUCUACUUGAGCAAGAUAUUGAUGUAUUUUUUCAAGAUCUGUCUGGGAAAACUGCCACCGAUUAUGCUGUUUCUAGUCAUCAUGACAU